UGUCGAACGAGGAAUGUGUUAACCUAAUUCCUUGUUCUUGGAACGUAGUGGUUACAAGUGGUUGUAGAAACUACUUGCUUGUUAGACAUAUUCUCUGUAAUCUGUAUUACUCUGUUGUAUUAAGUAUUCUAGUCUAAAUAAAAUUACUUUUGGAUAUGAAAAUUUAAUUGUUAUAUUUUUAUUUGUUGUUUUAAUACUUUAAUUACGGGUGAAAAAAUACUAAUAUGAAUUAUAUGUUGAUUGUAAGCGUUUUCUUCGCGUUAUUUUUAUGGAAGGAAGCAUAUUGUUUAAAUAAGAGAUGUAUAAAAUGCAGAUCAAGAGGUGAAUUGGGUUCCUGCGGAGACCCUUUCCCGUUCAAUGUAACAGAACCAGAGGCUGAGUUUGGUAUUCAUGUGAUGGCCUGCCCCUCAGGGUGGUGUGCCAAGAUGCUUGAAGGUGUUAGCGGUGCUCUGCGAUCAGAUGAUUAUGGAGCAGCGACCGAACGAAUGUGUCUUCAGAGACCACCAAGUGAUUAUGAAGAAAGAUGUGCAUAUACUAUGUGGAAUCACAAAAAAGUUUAUAUGUGCUUUUGCAAUGGUGAUCUCUGCAAUUCUGCAUCUAAAGUUAAUGUACUUAGUUAUAUUAAUUUAGUAACAAUUUUUUAUACACUAUACAAUUGCUUAUAGGACAAAAAUGCAAUAUGCAUAAAAUAUCAUAGAAAUGUGAUAUGAAUUUAUAUUAGAUAGAUUGUUUAUUCUAUUUAAUUUUGUAACUCCGUCCAUGUUUUUAAAGCUCUUUAUAAUGUCACUAAAUAAUGUUUUUUUUUUUCAUUUUGUACCUACUAUUUGUGUAUGAAAUAUAUUGUAAAAGUUAAGAAAUAUUGUAUUGUAUUAUAAUUUUUAUAUUUAAUUUAUGUGUAGCUCUAAUAUUAUGAUCCUAUUAGAGAAAACAAUCUCAAAUAAUAAUACUCUGAUAAGAAAAUGACUUUUUUUAUCUUAAUGAUUUUAGUUAUUAUUACUGAGUUGAUUGAGAUAAUAAAUUUGUUCUUAAUAGUUAUAAUUAUUUACAGUUCAAUGUAAUCUCGUUUUUUUCUCAAUAAAUUUUCGUUUUAAAUACCUAUAUAUAAUUUAUCGAUGUAUACAAUAUCUAAAGGAACAACAAACUAAGACGAAAUAACAUAUUUCUACAUAUUUGAAUGAAAUUGAAUGUAAUUCUGGACAUCAUUUUCUUAAAGUUUUUGUAUUAUGUUUCUUUGUCUUUACUCAUAUUUCUAAAAUAUAGGUUUAUAUUAUACCUUAUUUUGUUUAUAAAUAAGUAUUUUAUGAAGUCUUCCAUUAUUUUUAUUUCUCAAAAGUUUGCUGGGAAAAUGUUUUUUAAUAAUCGUUGAGUCUGCUUUAUGCAGUUUGUAUAAACUAUUCUAUUGUAGUUAUUAUAUCAGUCGUUAACUGUCACGUUUUGAACAUAGACAUUUCUUAUAAGGGGGGAGAGGUGCCAGUUGUUGCCAUGCUUGUAGGUAAGUUGGCAACCACAGACUUUGGCGAUGUGUUAAGAGGGGCCCUGCUUCAUCCCUCGACCUUUGUCGCCUCUUACGACAACCAUGAAAAAUAAAGGCGUGAUUCAUUCUAUGCCCGGUCUACACGGUACAUAUUAGCAAUUAUAUAUUUUAUUAAAGUUCAAUACACUUGGUUUAAAUUAAAAUUGUAUAAUUCCAUUAUCUAAUAUUAUAUUGCUAUAAGCUCUGUUACCUGUACCUGUAUGUUGUCAUGUAUAUACUUAAUAGACUGUCUCUUAUGUAUUUAAUUAAUGUAUAAAUAAAAAAAUAAAAAAGUCUGAUUUAAAAUCUUAAAUUGAUAACAAGAUAUAUUAAUAUUUUAAAAUUGUUUAUCAAGGUGCUCAAAUGUAUAUUCUAUUGAACUUAGUAAUAUUAUUAUGAUUAUUUUCUAAAGUUUGUCUACAGUAUUUAACAAAUAAUAUAUCACUAGCUAUGUAAACAAGUAAAAGGGAUGGUUUCA